AAUCAGACAUGUGUUUGUGUUUUUAUUCGUCCGUCAGUCCUGCACGUAUGUUUUCAUCAUAGAAACUACUUUUUGCAUGAUUUCCUGCUAAAAGUUUUCAAAAUUUAUUGCAUUAAAUACCUUUUCCACACUGGAUGUGCGUAAAAUUGAAGCUGUCACCAAUUCUUUUUACACAAAAUACGAUCAAGUGCCAAAAAAAAAAAUGAGCGAAAUAAGGCCGGCUGCAAAGCGUUCAAGUGAUGAAAUCGAUGAAUUGCCAAGCAAGCGAAUCCAUCAAGAGUUCAAAGAAUUGUCUGUGUCUGAAGAUGCCAAAAAAUCGAUUGAAAGUGAUUUGAAGGACAUGGCCCUAAUCGAUCUCCUGAAAGCUGUCGACGCAAACGUUGAGCUAAAAUCGAUGGCCGAAUCAAUUUACAUGGAAGAUUAUGCAAAUAAAUUGGUGAAUUUGAUUCGUGUUGAUGACGAGUCAUCAUCAAAUCAAUUGGUUGAAAUGGGCGACACCAUAUCAAUUUUCAACAAAUUAACUGCUUUAAAAUUUUUACGCUGCUUUGGCCACCUAAUUACCGCAUUAAAUCUCGAUUUUUACAGUGUUAAUCCGUUGAUACGUGCCAAAAUCAUUCGAUAUGUCAACAAAUUCUGUGCCGAUACAUUGAUUGAGCUGAAAAUUUCGAGUGUGAACGAUGGACCAUUGGAAAAAUUCGAAAAACCCUUUGCAAAGGUGACAAAACUUCAAUUUUCCUACUGUCGAUUGGAUAGCUAUACAACUGAUUUCAACAUUUGGUUUCCGAAAUUGCGUCACUUGGACAUGAGCUGCAACAAUCGUUUGGCCAGUCGCGAUUGUAUCGAAGACUAUUUUCGCGAUUUGAAGUAUUUGGCUGUGAAAGUUGACAGUGAAUUUUGCUUCAACGAGGACAAUGUCAUCGAAGCGUUACAAUACAAUGAAAAUCUCAAACACUUUGGCAUCUGCGGACAAUUUGAUAUGAAAUUUCUGGAAAAAGUCGCAAAACACAUGAAAUACGCUGAAAGUCUUGAUAUUGACUGGCCGAAAGGAUUUGAAAAAACAUCAGAGAAGGAAGUCAAUUUCAAAAGUGUCAAACAAUUCAAAACCAAUUUGAUACACUUGAAUGGAAAAAUGCCAGUGACAUUCAAUCACCUUGAAGAGCUCACAUUGAUUGCAUGCUGUCCGACUGAUGAAUGCAGAGAUUUCAUUCGCAAACAUACAUCGUUGAUCAAACUUAACAUUUACACAUCGUCGUCUAAAGGAUUCGUCAAUUCAUUAUUGAAAAUCCUUAAAGUUGCCCAUUCGGUGAUCGAAGUCAAUUUUUUCGAUGGACAUUUUACCGGUGAUGAAAUAAUCAAAUUAUUGGACGGAUGCAAUACAUCGCAAAAAUUCAGCUUUUCACUUGAUGAUCAAAGCGUUCACGAUCAAUUGAUGGAACAACUGGGCGAGCAUUGGAAGACGACCAUUGACGGCGAUCGGGUUACAUUCGAACAAAAGAAAAAUUCCAAUGGGAAAAAGUUUUGCGAUAUCAUUACGUUAUGAUGAUUUUCCAUCAUUUUUUACCUUAUAAAAUAUCGAAAAAUUUGGCAAAUUUACAACGAAAUUGAAUCAAUUUUUUCCGACAAAAAUUUUCUUCAAUU